GCGGCCGUUAUGGACGCGGCACUCGUGUUGAUAGCGGCCAACGAGACGUGUCCUCAGCCGCAGACCUCUGAGCACUUGGCGGCCGUCGAGAUCAUGAGACUGCAGCACAUGAUUAUACUCCAGAAUAAGAUCGAUUUGGUUAAGGAAUCCCAGGCCCGCGAACAGUACCAACAGAUCCAGAAGUUCGUCCAGGGAACGGUAGCUGAGGGCUCACCUGUGGUGCCCAUUAGCGCUCAAUUGAAGUAUAAUAUAGACGUACUGUGCGAGUAUGUGGUCAAGAAUAUACCCAUACCUCCCAGGGAUUUCCAGAGCCCGCCCCGGCUUAUUGUUAUCCGAUCAUUCGAUGUGAACAAACCCGGCUGUGAAGUGGAGGACAUCAAAGGAGGUGUGGCCGGAGGCUCCAUAUUAAAGGGUGUACUGAAAGUGGGAAUGGAGAUCGAGGUCCGGCCCGGACUCAUAUCUAAGGACGACUCGGGAAAACUGAUAGUCUGUCCCAUACUGUCGAAGAUCACGUCCCUCUACGCCGACCAGAACGACCUCCAGUACGCCGUUCCCGGAGGGCUCAUCGGUGUCGGCACUAAAAUCGACCCAAUGCUGACGCGCGCCGAUCGUAUGGUGGGACAGGUGUUGGGAGCCGUGGGCUCGUUGCCCGACAUCUACGCGGAACUGGAGAUCACGUAUUAUCUGUUGCGUCGACUGUUAGGCGUCCGUAUGGAAGGCGACAAAAAGGGAGCAAAGGUUCAAAAGUUAACGAAAGGCGAGGUAUUAAUGUUGAACAUCGGCUCCCUUUCCACUGGGGGUCGGGUGCUGGCAGUGAAGGCCGAUUUGGCGAAAGUACAGCUGUUUAUACCCGUGUGUGUGGAAAGCGGUGAGAAGAUUGCGUUGAGUCGACGAGUGGACCGGCACUGGCGUCUAAUAGGUUGGGGUCAAAUCAGAAGGGGUACCGCUAUCGAGCCCUCAUCUAAUCAGCCAAACAUUCUGCCCAAUCGAUUGGAGAACCAAAUCUAAGCGACGAUUAUUUGAUUAAUCAAUAAAUAAGUUUUUUAAUUAAAUUAUCAAUUCAUUGAAUCCUUUUUAUGAGUUUGUGUUUUUCGAUUAAAUUAUUUUUAAUUGUUUCGGAGA